AUGGCCACCGAUGGGGCGAAUUUGGAGAGGGAUAUUCAACGAAUCAUCGAGCUGAUUGAGCACUUGCAGAGCACCGGCGAGGUGAAUACGCCGAAAUUGGAGAAUUUGAAAAGAGUAUUGCAAUCGGAGUUCUUCUCCGCCAUUCGCGAAGUGUACCAAUCGAUCUAUGACACUUUGGACAUUGAAGGUCCACCGGAGGUUAAAGCCUCUGCGACAGCUAAAGCAACCGUUGCUGCCUUUGCCGCAGCUGAAGGUCAUGCUCACCCACGAAUCGUGGAACUCCCCAAAACGGAGGCGGGUCUUGGCUUCAAUGUGAUGGGUGGAAGGGAACAAAAUAGUCCAAUCUAUAUUUCGAGGAUAAUCCCGGGUGGUGUCGCGGAAAGGCAUGGCGGAUUGAAGCGAGGCGAUCAACUAAUCGCCGUCAAUGGAGUUAAUGUUGAGACAGAGUGUCACGAGAAAGCUGUCGAUCUCCUCAAAUCUGCGACGGGAACGGUUCGCCUCGUCGUUCGCUAUACGCCUCGAUUAUUGGAUGAGAUGGAAAAACGAUUCGAGCGACAACGACGUCGAGCCACGCAACAAUCGCCGGCUCCUCGA